UUAACGGAGCCCAGAAGUCGGUCAUCCUUGAGCCAAGGUUGGCUUGCGCAUCACGCGUUUCAUCAACUCUCCCGCCACCUCCUUUAUGGUCGCCCCCUCAAGGUCACCCCUAUCGUGUGUCACAUACAUGCGCGUGAUGUCCUCGAGAUGGCCACAAACUACUUCAUCCCCUGACGAAUCUUCUACAAGCAUGUCGCCAUUGAAUGCCGUUGAUUCCUCGACGACCGGUAACAUCAAUACGUCGCUCCCCACAGUUACUGAUCUCUCUGAGAGCACAGCCGCCAGUGAGGCACCACUGUCAUCUUCCUCCAUGGUGGAGAUUCUCAAGGAUAGUACUGUUGCUAUUUACGCUGCCUCGCCGAAUUUGGCGGCCCGUGCAGAGUUCUUCGGCGGGGCCACGGGCGACGUCGCUGUGCUGAAAGACAGCACAGACGACGUCACGGAGUUGGUUCUUAGUGGCAUGUUUGAAAUCGAUCGUCAAGGUUUCUUUAUGGGCCCGGAGGGUGGUUACUCCGCCAAGAAUGCAUUCGGCCGUGAUUUUGUCGAAACAAAGCUCACCUGUAACCUUCUCGCGGUGCAGCGCGACUCUGUUUACGGUAGUACCCAACAAGACUUUGCGUCGAUCGUCUCCAAUAUCAGGGCCUUGGAGAAGCUGGUGCCCAUGAAAAAAGGAGAGACUUUGCUUUCAUGCAUCCGUGAAAGCCGUGGUCAGCCAUGUAUUUGACUCAGCCAUGCUUUAUUCAAUGUAGGUCUGCAU